CCGAAAGUAAACAUGGCGGAGCAUGGUGUGAACUCCGUGGACAAUAAACAAUCUUUUUUCAAAAACGGAAAUAAGCAAUGGGUCAAAUUAAACGUAGGCGGAACGUAUUUCCUAACGACAAAGACAACCCUAGCCAGAGACCCGAAUUCCUUUUUAUUCAGACUAGUCCAAGAAGACAGCGAUCUAAUUUCAGAUAAGGACGACACGGGGGCUUAUCUCAUAGACCGCGACCCCAACUACUUCUCCCCCGUUCUGAACUACCUCAGACACGGCAAACUAGUGAUAAACAAAGGUCUGGCCGAGGAGGGAAUCCUCGAGGAGGCUGAAUUCUACAACGUUGCCGAACUCAUCACUUUAGUCAAAGAGAGGAUAUGUCACCGGGACAACCGGCCAAGCAAGGAUAGCAAAAAGCACGUGUACCGGGUGCUGCAGUGCCACGAAGACGAGCUCACACAGAUGGUGUCGACUAUGUCGGAUGGCUGGAAGUUCGAGCAGUUGGUGAACAUCGGGUCGCAGUAUAAUUAUGGCGCCGACGAGCACGCGGAGUUUUUGUGCGUGGUGAGCCGCGAGUAUGGGGCUCCGGAAGGGAUCGAGGUGGAGCACAGCGACCGCGCCAAAGUGCUGCAGCAGAAGGGCUCCCGGAUGUAAAGCUAGUUAAAUGGACUGAAACAAUCGGGUGUGAGACUUUUUUAGAAUUUUCGUGUCGACGCUGCCGCUACUGAAGAUCUUGCUUCUAAAUUAGAGUUUAGUUUGUCUGGGGAGGUGGAAUGAAUUAGUUUGGGUUUUAUCCUGCGUGUCGUAAUUGUUUGUAUUUAAUCAUCCUCGAGCCUGUGUCAGCCACGAUAUUCGUUCAUUCCACUUGUUUUAGGACUAGGUAGCGAGUCGUGUGGUAUACGUCCGGUUUUAUUCUAGACGCAUUGUUUAGGAUUGGAGGUGCCUUUACAAUCAAUUCGCAUCCAACAUGAUAUUAGUUUUAUAAAGGCAGAAUGCGUCAGAGGUGGAUAUUAAGCUUCUUUCAUGUAGAAACGUAACUGGUUUCGACUUACUCUACAAUACGUCAUGUUUCUAUGUGUAAGACACGGUUAUUAUAGUAUAUUUUGUGUAGUUUUUCUAUUUAAGGUAUGUCAUAUUUAUCAAACGCACAAAAUGUACUGUAAGGAGCGUUUUUAUAACUUUGCUUGGAAUUUCGUUACAUGACAACUUCAACCACUCCGUUUUUAAGCAAUACUUACUUUUUGGGUGUUUGAGCCACUAACAAUCGGAUUCCUUAGUUGGCCGUAUUUUACGUAUAAAUCAAACUACUUCAAAAGUUAUUCCUUGAUUUUAAACUUAAACGUCUGUAUAAUAGAUUUCCUAU